CUUCAGAGAGUGACGUUUUGUUUAUAUAAUCUCGUUGAGCUCAUUUGGUUACAGUUUAUCGACAUAACUUGAAGAGCCAAGACAGGGUGAGUUAAUAAAUCCAGGUUCAGCAUGUAUCUUAAGAUGAUUGUGCCAUUUCUGGCGGUGAUUUUGGCCGUGGCGAGCGCUGGGAUGACCGGAGCACCAAUGGACGCCGACAUUAACGAUGAAGACGUUAGAAAUGCGUUACAAUUCGCAGUGGCCCACUACAACAGACAAAGCAAUGAUGCGUUUGUGAGUCAGGUUUCCCAGGUUGUCAAGGCCCAAAAACAAGUUGUUGCUGGCCUGAAAUACAUCUUCACUGUGAAAAUGGGCAGAACCAACUGCAGAAAGGGUAGAGAUGAGACCCUGUGUGACGUUCAUGAGGAUCCCAGAGUUGCACGGAUCACUCAGUGCAAAAUAGCAGUCUGGAGCAAGCCAUGGGAAAAAUUCAUUAAAGUUGUUGAGAACACCUGCCCGAAGAGCUUGUAACUAGUGCAGUUUGGGGCUUUUCUAUAUUCAUCCAGCAAUAAAUUUUACUUGCUGUUGGUUGUAAUGGUGAACCUUAAGUCUUUACUCCAGAUAAAAUAAUUAGAAUUUUAUUUGACCUGAAAACCUGUUAACAACAAAUCAUGAUAAAGGAAUGCUUCACUAACACAUAAUCGCGCAAACUCAUUAGACUCCAUUGUUCUGAAAAAAGCUACAAUUUGUAGGUAAUAAUUUCUGAAUGAUAAAACGCAUGUUUCUGUAUCAUUUCAUCCUUUACUAUUAAAAAUGGUUAAACACAA